CCCCGCUUUGCUGGCUUUGUCUCGGCUCUUUUGUCCCUAAAGCACUCCCGCCGGGAGUGGGGUGCGCCCCGCGGGGCCGGGAGGCUGCGGCUGCUGCAGCGCCAAAGUAGGCUAAAAUAAGGGGUGGAGAGGAGAAAAAGUAGGUUAAGGAAUACUCAGCAGCAGCUGCCUGGGAAAAGACGCGGCAGCCGUGCCAGGUCUCUAUUUUAUUUUUUGCCGGAGCUGGAAAAUCCCAUGGCUCGGAGCCAGGGGCCGGGGAUGCUGCGGGAUGCUGCGGGAUGCUGCGGCGCGGGGCCGGGACGUGGCUCUGCCGGGGCUGCGCGCCUCCCCAGCGCUUCCCCGGGGCUGGUUUGACUUUAACGCUGGAAUUUCGUGGCGGCUCGGUCGUUCCCACAGCUCCCCUGGGAGCCGGGGGGGCCGUAAUGCAGAGUUUCGCUCCAUCUGCCGGACAAUCCCCUCCUUGUCCGGGGCUGUCUCCGCAGCUGUUCCCCGAAGUUUUUCCGAACAGUUGCUCCUUUUUCCCUGCGUUUGUCUGCAGGAGCCGGCGGCUGAAACCCUGCUCCCCCACGGGGAGGGGAAGCCCCGGCUGGAAUCCCGGCGGGCAGUUUUGGGUUACACAUUCUAUUAAGGGGGGCUGGGAAUAAACGGCUCAUGUGAUCCGGAGGGAUUUCAGGACGUUUCCAAAACCGAGUCGCCUCUUCUGGCGUGUUGGCAUUGAUGCGCCGGUCAGGUGGGGCUCGGAGCUUGGAGAGUCCCCAAAAAGAGCCGGGUCUGGCGCUGGCAGGGUUAUUUUUGGUUCCCUCUGCUUCUUGGAGGGGCAAAUUCUGUGGGUUUGGGGAGUGUGUCAGGGCAGCUGGGCUUCCCAGCGUCACCAGCCGGGGGUCUGUGCCUGUGUACCCCAUCCCCACUUGGGAUGGCCCCAAGCUGCCCCCAAAAGUGGGUGCUGAGUCCUGGGCAAAGCUCCAGUGGCAGCCAGGAGCUGGCACCCCCUGCUCCCUGACCUCCUGCGGCCCUACGGCCGCUUUUUGUUCAUCUGAGGGAUGCCCUUAAUCCCGGGAUUAAGCUUGGCCUCCAAUCAGCUUUACCCCUGCUCCUGGUGGUGUUUAGAUCCAGUUAUCCUGAUCUGGAAUGCUCGUGGUCCCUCGGCCACGGCGGGACCUUCCUGUCCCCUCCUGGGGCCGUUUCUUCCCCAGCUGAGCUGCUCCCCAGGCGUCUCAGUGUGUCCCCAAAGUGCUCAAAUUGCACAGCCCCAGGGAAUUAAAAUGCUCCACGUCAGGUUAAAACUCGAGUUUUAUUGGAUUAUAGGAUGGAGAGCUUGCACAGAGCACCAGCAUCCCUUUGUGCUCGAGGGGCACAUCCCGAAUCCCUGGGGGAUUCAGGAGCGGGGCUGGCUCCGUGCUGGCAUCCUGGGGGAGUGCUCUGUACUGGGAGGGGACUGGAAUACAGAGGAUGCUCGUUUUGGGGUCUGCUCGUUUUGGGUGUCCCAACCCACAUCCUAUAAACCCCCAGCUCGGCCCCGCUCACCCCCAGGACCCCUCACGUGUAAUUAGCCGCAUCUCAGCGUGGUGCUGGCCACUAAUUAGGAGAAACUCGUCAGGCACAGGCUGUAAUGAAGCUCUGCCAGGGCUCUCACAGGACCGUGACGACCGGGGGGGAAUUUCCAUGCGGGUGGCAGGGUUUCCAUGCAGGCAGCAGGAUUUCCAUGCGGAGGCUGGAUCCGGGUUUGGGUCCCCCUGGGCGAUGAAGAGGAGCGGGAUGCACUGGUGGCUUGUCACCGUCCUGGGGGUGCUGAGCGGAGCUGCCCGGAGCGCCGGGAGCUGCAGCGCCCCGGAGCAGGGCACAGCGGGAUGCCCGCCCGGAGCCGAGCCCAGCGGGGAUCCAGCCGGGUCGUGCCGAGCUUGUCCCCCCGGCACCUUCUCGCCGGGGGACGCGUCCUGCGCCGCUCACACGCCGUGCCGGGCCGGGAACAGGGUGCUGGUGGCAGCGGGGACGGCGGCGAGCGACAGCCGCUGCGGAGCGUGCCUGCCGGGGUUUCACAGCCCCGGAGGGGAGAGGGAGCCCCGGGGCCGGUGCCUGCCCUGCGCCGCUGCUCCCCGCAGCACCCCGGGGUGCGCAGGCCGGCGGCGAGCCCGCAGCCCCGAAAUGCCGGGCCGGGCACCGGGAACCAACGGGACACGCGUGACCCUGCUGGGUGAGGAAGAGGAGGAGGCGGCAGCAGCGCAGGCGGCCGUGCUGACCAUCGUCCCGGUCUUCUGUGCCAUGGGAUUGUUGGGAAUCCUGGUGUGCAACCUGCUGAAGAAGAAGGGUUAUCACUGCACAGCCAGCAAGGAGCCCCAGCCCGGUGGCACCGGUGCCAGCUCCAUCUACCAGCUGGAGGAUGCCAACGAGGACACCAUCGGGGUGCUGGUGCGGCUGAUCACCGAGAAGAAAGAAAAUGCAGCAGCGCUGGAGGAGCUGCUGAAGGAGCACCAGAGGCAGCAGCUGGUGCCACCGAGCUGUGCCCCCCUCAAUAAGCUGCACCUCCUGCCUCAGUUUCCCCCAGCCUGCCAGCACCAGCAGCACCCGCACACGGUGCAGGGACCGGCCCCGUGUGCCCGCUGCGACCAGAAGUGGCCCGAGGUGCUGCCGUCGCUCGGUGCCACCAAAGUCCCCAAACCUGGAGCUCCUCCCAGCGAGGUGACCAUCCUCUCCAUCGGCAGGUUUCGGGUGUCCCGGAUCCCUGAGCUGAGGAGCGAGGCAGGGGGGGAGCCCCUCCGUGGUCCCCUCCCCGGCGGCAGCGGGAUGUGACCCCGGGAUGGAACAGCACCAAGGGCCCCCACGAGCAGGCACCUGGCCUGGGGGCUGCCUCGGGGUCAGUGACACCCACAAGGACCCCGUGGAGGGGGUGGAGGACACUGGGCAUUGUGAAAGCCAGUCCAGCUCGGAGCUGCGAAGUGCUGGAGGUGGCAGCUCAGCUUCUGCUCCCGCCACCAAGGUGUCCAAGAGCAGCACAGCAAAUCCAGCGUCUCGCUCGGCUGGUGAGAAGGAUUCUCUGUCCCUGAGGCCUGAGGGUGGCCACGGCGUGGUGGCCUCAUAGAUUGGAACUCCAGGAGCUGCGAUGCCAGUGGUGGUGGCCACGGGAAUCAUCAUCUCUGGGAACCACGAUGCCACAGCACAGCUCCACUGGAAGCACAGGGGGCACUGGAUGCCAUUUCAUGGUCACCCUCUGGGUCUGUUGAACUCUCCAGGACCAUCACGAACUCCUGAUUUCCCUCCAUCACCUGGUGCCAGCGCUCAGGAUAGUGAAUCACUGGAUCACAGAAUGAUUCCCCCCUUCCCAGCAGCCCAGCUGGGGCAUGGAUUGCUCUGGGCAAAGCUGGUCUCCUGCAUCCAUCCAUCCAUCCAUCCAUCCAUCCAUCCAUCCUCUCUCCAAAGUCUCAGCUCAGGAGCACACGGUGCUGAUGCUCACCAUGCAGAUGACAUAUUUCACUUUCCAUAGGAAUUGCUUCUAUGGGGUCACGCUGGCUUGGCCGUGUUGGGAUCACUGGGAUAACCCACCCAAGGUUGGGUUGGAGACCAUCAGCCUCAACCACCACCCCAAAAAAGGGUUUAUGGCUGGCCCCAUUCACCUCCCCACGACAUCACCGUGCCAAAAAACCAACCACCAAACCCUCUGGGGCUCUUUUAUUUAUUUAUUUAAUUUUUUUUGGAAACAUUUUAAUAGUUAUCGAAUGUUCUACAUCUUACAGUAAAUAUCGUACAGUUACAAACUCUUGGCUGAAAUCUGUCAGGGAGAUCACGACCUGAUCUUCAGAACCAAAACCAGAACAGAAAACAAACGGGAAAACAACCCCAAAUUUACACUUCAGAUGGACAAACUGAGGCUGUGGGGCUCUCCAGGGCAUCAGUCCAAGGCCAUGUUCCCUACACACCUGUGAGAUGUAGACUUGGAAGACGUGGUUACUCUUGGGUUGAAAUUUUUUUUUUGUUGUUGUUCUUUCAGGGAAUUUUUUUGGUAUUUAUUUUUAUUUAAGAGGUCCAAUAAUACUUAAAA